GAGGAGCCUCCGCCGCCUGCCCUUUUACUUUCGGGCGCCGGCACUUGGCCGCGGGCUGCUGCUGCUGCUGGCCGACCCCCCGCCGCCGCUAUGAGCACCCCACACUUUUAAGACCAGCCCUUCUGCGCCGCCCCCCUUGGGGGGGGGGGGGCAGCGUGAAUUAAUUAAAAAUCGCUAUUUACGUACGUUAUUUUCGUUGCCCCGCACCGGGCAUGUGAACAAACACUCCCCCCUCAAUCCACCCCCAGCGCCAUGCCGGCAGCUUGCACCCUGCUGCUGCUGCUGGGGCUGGGGCUGGUCCCACCAGCCGGGUCGUUGCCCCUCGUUUCCCUACGGCGUCUUCCUCCUCCUCCUCCUCCUCCUCCUCCUCCUUCGUCCCGAAGCCGCCUCGGUCGCCCUUGCUCGCCUCCCGCCGCGGGACACGCCGGCAACCCGGUCAUCGAGAGCAGCCAUCAGGAGAGGAGUUCAGACGUGGAGAUAAGGACUUCUGGUGGUCUGAUGGAGAGCGUGGAGCUGGUGACAAAGCUGGCCAAGAGCAAGGCGUGGGCAUGGCUGCCUGCCAGGCACAGCACUGUGGCCACGGGGCACGUUGGUCCCCCUUCCAGCAGUGGGGAAGUCACUCUGCCGGGAGCAGGAGCCCUGGGCAGCCUGUCUGGUGGGACAGCCGCCCACCUGCCCACCCACAGCCAUCCUCCCGGUGCUGGAAGCCAUCACCGUGCUGCAGGCAUCCAGGAGAGAGGCAAGAGGGCUGUGGCUUCUGCCAGCACCCAGGCAGCUGCGGAGAGGGUGUCGCUGGAGACUGCUGGCACCUCUUUGGCCAGAGGGCCGCUGGGCAGGCGCAGCGGGGCCUGGGACGUGACGGCGUUGAACGGUGCGAUGAGGACGGUGCUACUGCCUUUAUCUGUGGGGACUUGGCACCGGGGCAGCGGCAGCCCCUCGCGACUGGCAAGUGGCCGGGUGGGCACGGAGCCACCCGACAGCCCUCCCACAGGCACUGCAACCACUUCACCUACCCCCCUGGGGAGCAGUAGGGGGAUGCUGUGGCCCCUUCCCAGCACCUCCAUCCCUGGGUCUCCAAAACAGCCUCAGUCCUCCCCACGAACUUCCAGUACCCAGACUGGUGCAAGCCACAUUGUGUUACACCCGGGGCAUGUCACAGGGGAUUCCACAAGCACCCCUCUCGUGAUAUCACCUGCCAUGGACAGCACUUUCAGAGCUGCUGGGAGCAGGGCUGCAGAGAACCCGAGGCUGAGUAUCCAAACAGCAGCAUCGAGCUCUGCAAAUCAGUCCCAGGCCACAGCACCCUCCUCAGCGGCCCUGACGCUGAGACCUUUCCCUGGGCCCUCCUCAGAGCACUGGCUCACCCUUUCCCGCCUGGCUUCAGGAAGCACUGCUGUGGCCAUUGGAAGCAGCUACCAGCCAUCCAACCUGUCGGCCACGGAGAGCAGAGUUUGGGAUUUCACCGCCACCGGCACCUCUGUUUCCACGACAGCCACCAAGGGUGGAGGGAGGACGUUGAGAUCUCUGCCAGCCAGCACCAGGCUGGCUGGUGCAGCAUUGAUAUCCAGCUCUGGUACAGAAGUCACCAGUUCUUCAGACCAGACCCGGUCCCCUGGGACGUCUUUGGGAGCCCAAAGUGGUGAUGGCAGAGGUGCCACAGACCCGUUGCUCACAGGCUCGCCGUCUGCUUUGGAAAGCACUUCCACAACCUUUAACAGCACUUAUGAACUCAAGAGCAUCCCAGAUGCAGAAAAGGCGACGCUGCACUUGGACACCCGUGAUGCUGACAUGGCCAGCAUAGCAGUGGAGGCACCGGAGUCCCCCACAGAUGGUCGUACAGAUGGGGUGACAAAGGGCUCUGCCAUCAGCACCAACCCCACCAGCUCAUUGGAGAGGACCUUCUCCUCCCUGGGGGCUGGGACACACCAUCCUAACAGCUCACUGGAAGGCACGGAUCUCCCAGAACGUCCUGGGGAGCCUUUGCUCACAAACUCCCUCUCUACUUCCCAAAGGCCUUUCAGAGGUGUCAGGAGCAGCCACAGAUCAGUUAUGAGCUCAAUGACAGAGAAGAAACCCUUUACCUCCUCUCCCACCAGCGCUUUCGUUUCAGCUACGGCCACCAGCAGCAGCGGGAGGCCCCUGAGCUCUGUCACAGGCAGCAGCUCAUGGGCAGCAGAAGUCUCCAUGUCCAGUAGUGACAUGUACAGGACCUUGGGCACGGUCCAGUCUUCAUCCCUGUCAUCUGUGAGAGACACCUACAGAGUUCGUGAGCCCAGAGGAAUCACAGAUGUCACUGAGCGGGUGCCAGACCCUUCACUAACACGCUCUCGCUCUCCUUUGGGAGAUCCUUCCCCAGCUACUGGAGGCAGCCAUGUGUUAUUCAGCAUCCUGUCAACAGAGAGAAGAACCGAUUCCCCCACCGCCAGUACCUCCGUUUCCGCAACAGCCGCCAAGGGUGGAGGGAGGACGUUAAGGUCUCUGCCAGCCAGCACCAGGCUGGCCCAAACAACAGAGAUUUACACCACUGGUACUGAAACCAUCCACGCUCCAGAUCAUACCUGGACCUCUUUGGGGCCCCAGGGUGGUGGCAGCAGAGGUCCCACCAUGUUGUCCAUGGAACCGUUGCUUGCAGGCUCCCCAUCUGCUUCAGAGAGCGUUUCCCCAGCAGAACAGACCUCUGCAGCAGGACACCUGCCCGAUGCUCCUCUCAGCAGUCUGCCCAGCUCGGUGACAGCCACGAGUGCUGGGGAGAGGAGCACAGUGCCCAUGCCAGGCCCUGGUGCAACAUCCAGCACUGCAGGGAGCUCUGCUCCCACUCUGCCCCACACCAGCUCCUUGGAUGUAGUCCUUCUAUCCACAUCAGCCACAGACACUGCGAGGCACAGUGAUGUUUCACAGAACGAUGCUGAAGCCACUGACCUUCCAACAAAGACACUGCCUGUAUUUUCUCCCAGCAGUUCAGUGCCUUCACCUUCACCAAGUGCUUCAGUUCCAGAGAGAGGAAGAAGAGUUUCUGGCGCUCCUACAGAGACAACGUACAUCUUGACCACACUCUCCAGACACAAGGAGGGAACAUCUGAGGCUGCAACUGACCAUGACACGUGGAGCACAGUGUCAGAAAACCCCACAUCUCACCUGGACAUGGCUGUGGAGCCCCUCACCAGUCCCCUGCCAUCCUCCACAGCAUGGCCCGAAAAGGGGCAUGUCUCGUCUGGCCAAGCAGAGUACUCAGAGCCCAAGGUCACCCUUUCCUCCAGGGCCUCCACCUCCUUCUCAGCUGCUGCUGAACCUUCCACCAUGGGCAGCAGCCGUCAUUUCCUAAGCAGCUCGAGUGCUGAGGAAAGAACAUCCAGGCCCGUCACUGACCGUGUGUACAGUGCAUCCACUGGCAGUGGAGAGGUGAUGCUGCACUCAGUGACAGACAGCACACUGGCCAUGGGCACGGAGAGCUCUACUUCCUACACCGAGACCGGCAGCCCUCUGGGGCCAGCUGAGGCAGGAGCAGGGCCAGUGGAGCAGAACAGGAUGACCAAUGCCUCCACCAGCACUGGAGGCUUCACAGGCUUUGCAACAGAGAUUCUCUUUGAGCGUUCUUCCAAGAUACCCACUUACUCUUCAUUCCAAGAUGACCUCACAAGCUUUUCAAGUAGCCAUCAGCCAGGUAGCCUUGAUGCUGAGAAAAGGACCUCAGUUUCUCAUACGGAUGGCACAUACAUUUCAACCACAUAUACCAGAGGAGGAGAGAGGACCCUGCUGUCUAUCUCAAAUAGCAGCACCUCUGCUGACUCUUCAGAAAGUUCCACCUUUUUUUCUGAAAUUUCCAACCCUUCUGAUUCAUCAAAAUCUUCUGUGGCACAGGACAGGAGCAACGUGUCCAGCGAUGGUGGUUUUGUUGAACCAUCUACAGAGCCAUUGCUCGUACAUUCUUCCAAACUGUCGACAUCUGCUUCUGCAGGCAGUGUGCAAAAUACUACUCUCUUCAACACUGACCCUCAGCUGUUGACCACUGACAGAUCAUCUUUAUCUUCAUCAACAUUUCCAGCCUCUUCCUCACUGUCAUCACUGCAUCACUCAUUGUCAUCGACACCACCACCACCACCUUACCCCUUUACGUCAUCGCAGUCAACUGAGCCGCUGUCAUCCCCUGUGAUGGCAUCUUCCCCCCCUCUGCAGGCUUUGUCAUCCUCCUUGCCCACUUCCUCGUUGCUUUCCCCAUCUUACUCCUUAGCAUCUUUAUUGCCUCUGUUUUCAUCACCGUCGUCAGUCUCACAGUCCAAUGACAGCGAGCAAGCGAGCACCUCUGGAGCUACGACAGUGGGCAGGAGGGUGCCUUCCACAGCCGCCGUGUCCGGGAGCUCAUCCAGAGAGACCACCAAGCACAGCAUCACGCACCAGUCCCAAAACAACACCAGCUUCACCUCCACCGGGUCUCUUCUCCCUACGGCACCCAUGGAGCACAGUGGACGUGUGUCUGUGUCCACUGCCGUGACGGUAACAGAAGCCGCCUUGCCGAGAACCGCCACUGCCUGGGAGAGCAGCUUCGGGAGGGCAACGCCGCUGCUCACCACAGCCAGCGAUGCCCCAGGGGCUGGGCCGACUGACGCACCCCUUAGUCCCUCACCAAGUGCAACAAACCACAGCGUCAUCAUCCCUGUGGUAGCACUGACCACGGUGAAACCUUCUGUGCUGACAACGCCGGGCAGUCGCCAGCCAACCUCAGGUGAUGUUAGCACCGUGAAAGCCCACAGAGCUCAAACGCCCGCAGCCACAAAGCAUGUGUAUACCACUAGUGAAAGCACAGAAGCUGUGGAUCCCACCACUGCAAGGCCUGGUAAAGUCACUGAGGAAAACAUCCCUAUUACGAGUCUUUCUGAAGCCCCUCCAACCAGCAAGACCACUGUGAGCAUUACAACCACUUUGGCUGCUACCAAAACAACCACCGUUCCUCCAUCGAGUAGCACAGCCAGGCUGAGGACAUCAUCUCCAGCAACAGAUGUGGAUAAAUGUCUUUCCAACCCUUGUCCUGCGCUGGCCACCUGCAACAGCACCCGUGACUCCUAUAUCUGUCAGUGUCCUCUUGGAUACGAGCUGGAAAAAGGAAAGUGCAAUUUAGUACGAAUAUUUAUUGGCCAGGUUCCUCUGAAACUGAACAUGACCCAUGGGAAGUAUGCAGAGCUCCUCCACGUCGAGGGUGAAAUCCUGGCAAUGCUGGAUGCAUCGCUGUCAGGCUUGCCAGGGUACCACCACUCCACAGUUAAGGCAAGCAGGGAGGCAGAUCUGGUGCGUGUUUCAGUGCAAUCCACGUUCUCUUUAGCAUCUAAUGUGACUUUGUACGAUGUUAUCAGCAGCGUGAAAAGCUACAUUCGAGCUUGCAAAUCCCCCACCGAAGCCUGUCAGUUCAUCUCCAGCCUGAAACCUCUCCACAGAAUUGGCAGCUUGUGCAAGCAGAAGGACCCCGAGUGCGACGAGGAAACUUCUGAAUGCACCGACUUCGAUGGGAUUGCCCUCUGCCAGUGCAAAAGUGGGUUCUUCAAAUACAACAAGAUGGACCACUCCUGCAGAGCCUGUGAAGAUGGAUAUAAGCUGGAAAAUGAGACCUGUGUGAGAUGCCCGUUUGGCUUAGGUGGAUUCAACUGUGGAAACCCGUAUCAGCUCAUCACGGUGGUGAUCGCGGCUGCAGGAGGGGGACUGCUGCUCAUCAUGGGCAUAGCCCUCAUUGUCACCUGCUGCCGGAAGAACAAAAAUGACAUAAGCAAACUCAUUUUCAAGAGUGGAGAUUUCCAGAUGUCACCAUAUGCUGAAUAUCCAAAGAACCCCCGGGCACAGGAGUGGGGCAGAGAGACCAUCGAGAUGCAGGAGAAUGGAAGCACCAAGAACCUGUUGCAGAUGACAGAUGUGUAUUAUUCGCCAACUGGACUGAGAAAUCCUGAACUGGAAAGAAAUGGACUUUAUCCUCCCUACACUGGUUUACCUGGAUCUCGACAUUCAUGCAUCUACCCUGGACAAUACAACCCAUCCUUCAUUAGUGAUGAAACCAGAAGAAGAGACUAUUUUUAGCAGGGAGUGGAGAGGGAGUGGAAGGUUGACACAAUUUUGUGUCUCUUGAUCCCCAGGUACAAGCUAUUUCCUGGGCAGUUCAAGUCCACAUCAAUCUUACUCUUCCCAUUUAACAGGAAGGACUUUAAACUUCAUGCCAAGCAUUGCUGCCCUGAGGAACAGUUACACUUGCUGAGCAGAGGGAAGAGGAGGAGGGAAUGGCUCAAGGUGCACAUCACUUAAAGACCCAUGUGGAAGCUAACGCAUGUACUCUGGAUUUGUUCUGUGCUACUGCUUCAGUCUUCAUGCUACAUGGCAAGCAUGGAUCAGUACAGGCAGAUGGACUGUGCCCAGCACUCUGUUGAAUACCACUAGGGAGUGUUUUGUUUACAGAUCUUGUUCACUGUUGACUGUGCUUGUCUUCUUAGCCAACCUUCAUGCAAAGAUUCACUGUGCAACUGUUUUUGGUAGGGCAAGUUUGUCCACUCCCUUUUACAUUGCUGCAUUGCUUUCUGUUUGAUACAGGACAGGGAAGCUGGCUUGUCCUCUGGCCCUCACCUUCUUACUGGUAGAAAUUCUCCAGAAGGCUGAGUCCUUGCUGAAACCUGGUACCUGGCAGUGUUGGCUGAAUUCAUGGGUUGAUUGUCUCCAAGGAGUACAGAAAAAAUGGUCACACUACUGCAAUUUUAACUGAAAAAAGACACAAUUGAUCCUAUGUGCUGCUCUGAAAAGUUCUGGUGUAUAGGGAAGAGGCUGAUACAUUAUUGUUUUGUCAACCAGUGUUGUUCAGAAGUGAUGCCACUACACAUCAUCACAGUGCUUCCCAAUAGGAUCUUAUGGGGCUGUUUACCUGCAGGGAUUUAAGUACCCAUAGAAACAAAAAUAAGAUGUUAAAUAAUUCCUGACAGGGAAGAAAAAGAUGUGCUGGGAGCUCAGCAUGCUCAUUGUGAGGAAUCUGGGAAGGAACAAUAAGGCUGUAGCUCUGUCUGGGCUGAAUUCUGUGCACUGCAGGUGGGGCAUAGUUUUGAAGCCUCCACAACUCACCUUGAUUUCUGUAGGAGCUGUGGAGGCUUUCGGUUGUGUUUAAGGAAGAGAAAAAACAUGAUACUUUCAGUUCUAGUGGAGCCAAGAUCACUUCUGUUGAAGUGUUUUUCUUUCUUCCAGCCUAGUUUUGAGUGAUUCAGACCAGGCAGGUUUCCUCACUUAGCUGUGAUAAUUCGUAUUAAUCACCUCAGCAAAAUGUAAGUUAGUACAUUUCUAACCAAAGAUCAGAUGAAAGCUCAUGGGCUGUAUUCUGACCUGAGCUGGGUGUCAAAAGAGAGCUUAUUAGUGAAGUACAUCCAUUGCUUAUCUAUGCUGCAGUGUUAACCUGAGUCAUCCAAACCCCAUUCGGACACAGGGCCCAGAUAUGGAUCCUUCCCCUGAAUGUGACCUUGCUUUUAAUUCAAGGUGCCUGCUUGUGUGAGGAUAAAAAACAGCACAAUUCCUUAGGCAUUAACCCACUAUCUCUGUGGUGCAUACAUAAGGUAGUUUCACUGAGUGGCACAUACCCUCUGAUACUCAGUUCUCCCUGGCGGUGCCUGUAAAGACACAGUGCCUACAAGUAAGUCCCAUAAGGUAACUCAGCUCACUGAAGCACUAAGGAUCAUAGGAUGCAUCCCCCAAAGUUCCUAACCCCAAGUGAGAACAGCAGUUUGGAUGCUGGUGUGUUGUGUGUUUGGUCUCCAGAGGUAAGCCUGGGGGUAUGAGGAGCCCUCCAUCAAGGAGCAGGUAGUAGUACUUGUGUCCUACAGAUGCUGUGAGUCCCCAGGUCCUUUCCCAGCGCUUCAAAGGCUGUUGUGUUCAUCAUCAAGAGUGAGCAACAGCUGCCCAGAGGAAGGGGAUUUAGGACAAGGCAGUCAUAUCAGCUGUAUGGGCUAGAAGGUUUCUGGUCCUGGCUCACAUUUACUUCCAUUUUCUCAAACCUGCAAGGCAGGAAAGGCACCACAAACUUUCCUGAGAAGACACAGUUUGGGGUAUGAGCCACAGCACACAACACAGUGUCUUUCUGUGUCUCACUCCUUAUCUGCUGUGUAGAAACAGCAGUGUGGGCUUACAGAAACACAGAUCUUUAUGGAUGCCUAGAGCAGUAUCCUUACAUGGCUUUAUGGUGACAAUGCAUGCACCUUCACGCCUGUCUGAUCCAUGUUCAACCUCACAGCUAGUAGUAAGCAGCUUAUCUGAACCGUAGGGAGGAAAUGAAUGGAUGCUUAUGAGAAGCCCAGCUGCCCAAUGAGCUGUAUUUUAAGGAAAACUCAAAUUACAGUAUCCAAGAUAGCAUGAGAGGUAAAGCACAACAACUAGCUGUGUUCUGCCAUGCUGAUUGGUGUUUCCAGUCCAUGGAUGGUAUUCUUCUCUCUUUCCUUAGCAAAUGAUAUUUUAAUUCCCCAGGAUCCAUUGGAUGAUGUGAGCAAAGGGCUUGACCUUGCAGUGCUGUGUGGUCCUUCAAAGAGGACAUUGGCAGGGCUGUUUCUGUGCAAGUGAGUUGCCUCUGGUUUUGAGAGUGCCUAGGACAGGAAGGAUUGUUUUUCCCAUAGUAUGGAGGAGGGGUUUGUCUCUGUUAAAAAAGAAAGGAGGAAGCUGGGAUUCAUGCUAAAUCUAAAUCCAAAGUGUAUAAACAAGCACUGGGCUCUGCUCCUCUUUUCUAAAGCAACUUAGCAAAAAGGAAGAGUGUCUCAGCAAUGAUAGUAGGAUUUAACCACGUGCCAGCACUUUGUCAGAUAGGGAAGAGUUUAGACACGUGCUUGUAGGAAAAUAUGUUUACUUACUUGAUUAAUUCAAAGAUGAGGAAAUGUUCCUGCAUGUGCCAAUUACAAAGGACAAAGUAGGAAAAUCAACUCCCAGAUGCAGAACAAUUCUGUAUAAAGAUUAGAAUGGACUAUAUGAACAAAACUCCUGGCCUGUGUGUCACAGCAAAUGGCAAGGGGUUGGAGAGGAAAUGAGACAGGACUGUUCCUAACUGAGGUCACACAAAAGUUUGCAAGUACUUAAUUUUCAUUUCUUACUGAUCUUCAAAUUCUUCUUAGUGCUGUAUGUGGAGUGAAAGGCUCUCAGCAGACUCAGCAGGAUUUUCUGAGUGAUGACUGCAAAACUUGGCCUUGUCCAAAAGAGAGAAUUGUAUUGCACUGAAAUGUUCUCUGUACCAGAGCAGGCAGACACUGGGAAGCUUCUUAUGUGACUGUAUCCAUUGCAGCCUGAGCUUCCUUUUAGCUUUGGUAAGGAAAGGGUCAUGUAGCCAAUGCAUAGUGCACAGGAGGAGGAAAAGGAUCUCUCCUGACCUGCAGCACCUUCUCUGGGGUGUCCUGGGAGGCCCCACUCAGCAGGCAGGAGAGGAUUUGAGCAGGUGUCAGUGCCGGGGUGAGCGCAGGUGCUUUCCCUUAUGGUGAUCCGGGAAGUCUUUACAGAGCUGGCAGAUACAGCCUGGGGUGGUUCAGCCCAGCCACUCCCAGGGCUGCAAUGCUUCCGUCUUCACCCAAGCCCCACUGGCUUCCAGCUACACCAAGGCACAAGAGGUGAGUGUAGUGCAGUGUGUUUUGACACAAUUUAUGACAGUUCAUUUACUACCACAUCCCAGCCCACAUUCAAGCGUGGAUGCCUCUCUGUUCAGUCCCUAACUCCCCAUUGGAUGUUUAAAUAACUGCAGCUUAUUUCUCAGACUAUUUAGGUUACUUCUAGCUACCCCCACAUUACAAAUUUUGAGCAUACUGGAUGUGUUUUGCCAAGCAGAAUUGCUCUCUGCUGUCCAAGAAGAUAAGAUAGAAGUAGCAUGUUGCUUGUGAGGAGGAUGCAAGUGGUUCAGACAGAUGUGGGGAAAGGAAGAGAAGCUACACCAGUGCUGCACAGAAACUUAGUGUUGCUCCUGACUGCCAUGGAAAGUUAGGGGAGCAGUCAGCAAGGGCCACAGGCAGUUGUGUAGGUGUAUUUUUUAUUAACUUUGGGAAAAAAAAUGCUAAUUCUGAUGCUUGACAGGAAAAGAUGUGGGAGGCAGACAUUUGCUGCUAUGGUGCUCUGCCAGUGGUGCCAACAAAAGCCCCUCACCCACAGAUAUACCUCUGGCAGCCAGCCUGUGAAAGGCAGCCUCAGUGAACAGAGCAGCAAACUGCAGAUUUGAGGGAUGAUUCCAAAGGGAGACUCAUACAUGCAGCCUUCCUAUGUCUUUGCCAGCCAGCCUUUCCAGCUGCACUGGAGAAAUCAGGGGCCGUUUGGAUACUCUUGGCAUACUCAUGGCACUGAAUUGGGCUCAGUGAGGCAAGUCAGGGGCAUUUUGCUGCCCUUUGCCCUCCUCAUAAAUCUCAUUGCUUUUGUAGCAUUUGCUGUAGCAAGUCCCACUAUCACGGCCAUAUAGUGAGUCACACCUCGUGACCGGCCUUCUGGGACGUAUUUACCUCCAUGUUUAACGGUAGUAAAAGGCUUUAAAAAUAGCAAUUAUUUACAGUAAGAGAGAGGUGUUUGUCACUGUGAAAUUCUUCCUAGCAGUCCUUGUAAAAGUUGUGUGCCAGUAGCUGAGUAAGCAGCAAAGUGGCUUUGGACACUGCUGCAGUAUCUGAGUGCAUCCCCGUGACUUGUCUCUAAUGCUGGUUGAUGCCCACAUCCGUUCCCAAUGCAGUCACACCUCUCCUUUCCUCACAGUGAUGCUUAAUCUUUAGUUUGCUUCCUUAAAUUCACCAGAGUGGAUGCAUUUCACUUAAAUACUCUUCCUAUGCUGACUAAUGUUUUUCCUCUUUACACACAAAGGAUCCAACCCAGCAUCCAUUAAAGUGACCAGAGUAACUCUUUCAUGGGCUUUAAUGAAGAUAUUUUCUUUAGGCCUGAAUUAUUCCAUCACCAGGGUCACCUGUGCAUGCCUUCCCUUGGCUGUAUUCUGCCUCUUUCUGUGAUAUUGUUGCUGCCUGUCCCUGUGUAUUUAUUUUUAAAAGAUGUACUCAUUACUGCAGCAGGGCUUGUAUUAUGUGGGAUUGAACAAAACAGGUUCAAGAUCUGAAACACCUUCCUGAGAAGAGAAUGAAUGUGAGUUUUAUAGAGUUAUUUUACUGAUCAUCCAGCUGGUUUCCUAUCAUGUAAGAUCUUCUAGUCACAGAUAAGAACUAGUCUUCACUCUUACUUGUCCCUUCAGAAAUGAAGCAUGAUCUCUCAGUUUCAAAAGGAGUGUGUGCUGUGUGUUUGUGAGAUUUUGGGAGCUUUGCAAUCUGUAUUUAGUUGUUUGUUCCCUUGAAGUGCUGAAAAUGAAAAGUAGGACAGAAAUCCAUGAAGGGGUAAAAAACAACAAAAGAAACAAAACCUUUAAGGUGGGAUGACACCUCUUCUGUGUCCAGGUUGUAUGUGUGUAAUGUCCUUGUUAAGGGAAAACAUAGAGAAAGGGUCUGGUGUGCCUUGAAAGUAGUAUGUAAAUGCUGAAUCCCUGGAUUCAGGUUCUGGUAAAAUGCCAUAAGAGAUGGGUUAAUGACUUUGGUUAAUGACUGCAGCAGGCAGCCCCCAGCUCUGCAAAAUCCUACAUGGAAAAGUCCCGUGGAACACAGUAAAGACUGAUCACUUCUCUUGAACAGUGCCAUAGAAUUCACUUGAUAUAGAAGGUCUCCAAUAAAAUCUGCUUGGAUGGGUUUACGUUAAGCCUGUUAAAUUAUACAAGACUUUCCCCUGACAGAAGGUCAAAGUUGGUGUGUAAAAUCAUAAUGGUUUAUUUGAGCAGCUUUCAGAAUGGCAGUAGUAAAGCAUCGCUUUUGUGAGCUCCGUUUCAAAAGGUAAAUUUUCAGCAUUUGUUUGUGCUCCUUUUAUCAACCUGAAUGUAAACCUGGUUUAUGUUCCUGACAUUGCCCCGUUUCCUUCCCUGUAUCUCUCAAUGUUUGCUUCCAAGUCGAUGGGGUUCUAAGGGCGUUCUCCAAACCAGUAUUAUUUAAAGGUGUAUCAUAUUUUCAGCCUCCACUAAUUAUACAGUACUGUAGUAGCAAAAUAUCAUUUUUAAGGAUUGGAUUAUUUUUAUACCUGCAUCCAACGUUGUUAAAUCUGGCGUUCUAGUCAGUAUUAUAAAAGGAUACAAUAAAUUGAUGAAUAUUGCCA